UUUGAACGUCGUGCGUCGAGUACGUGGACGGCUACCCUCAAAGCGCGCGCGAGUCUCAUUUGCUCGCCUUACGAACCAACCAGAAAAACCAACUCGAAUCGAAUUCAAUUGCAUCUGAUGUUGCUGUCAUUUGGGCCUGGCCAACAGCAACAAUACAACAAUUGGCAGUAAUCAGCGCGCGUGUGAACCAAAAAUAACAAAUAAAUGCAAAACAAGAAAAAUAUAUACAAAUUUCAAUUUGAGAUAUGCACAGAGAUAUACUCGAAAGUCAUGUGAAACACCAUUGCAUAAUGUUCAAUCAUUGAAAUUUAAUACCAAAGUUGUUAAACACAAAGGCCAGCAAAUCAGAGAAAAGCAUUAAGUGUAAAGCAGUGCAAAGGAAAUGAAAUUGUAAACAAGAAAAGUACGAAAGAAAAACACAAAAAAAAAGCCAAAUAAAAAAGAAAAUACAAAAAAAAAAUCUAUCAAACAAACCAUAAAAAUCAACUAAAUGCCAAAGCGACAACAGAACUAAAAUCUGACAACGAGAACAACAGAAACUGACAAAACGAACGAACCGAACAGACCAAAAGGACCCCAUCCAAUACACUCACGCUCCCCAAUUGAAUGUGUGUGAGUGAGCCAAGGCUAAGACAAAGACAAAGACAAGUGCAAAAAACAACAACAACAAGUAGAACAACAACAACUAGCUUGGCAACAUUACGUACGACGAGCUGGCAACAUUUACAACACUGGCAACAUGCUGCUGAGGCGCUUACAACACAGCGGCAGCGGCAGCGGCAGCAACAGCCCCGCCAGAGCGCCCUCGCCCUCAAGUUCCCAAAAGCUAAUCGGAUUUACGAGACAACCUACAACAAGAACAACAACAACAACAACAACAACAACGUGGCUUUGGCCGCUGCUCUGCCUGACAGUUGUUGCUCAUGUCAGCGCCCAAAUAGAUCGUACCAUCAGCGAGCAUGAGAACAAAAACGUGGUGCUGCCAUGUCCGGUGAAUGAGCAAAAAUGCGGGAAACUGCAUUCAUUGAACUGGUUCAAGGGCGAUGAUCGGAUUGCUGCAAUGCUGCUGGGCGAUAGCAAUGUCACGAGUGUGAACGAUGAAUUUAAAAACAGAGUAACUGUUGAGCAAAAUCCAUACAGAUUAGUUAUUAAGGAUUUGAGAAUAUCUGAUGAGGAUAUCUAUCUAUGUGAUACAACAUUUUUUAUACCAGAAGAAACGUGUGAUAACUUCAAUGGCUAUCGUGUCGAAUUAAGAGUCUUAGUGCCACCCACAGAGGUUGUGAUUUUGGACGCAAAGGGCGACCGCAUCGAGAAUGGAAGCAUCGUCGGACCCAUGCAGGAGCGGCAGAGCCUCAAGGCGACCUGUACGGUGAAGAACACACGGCCCCAACCCGAUGUGGGCUGGUGGCGUGGCACCAAACGCCUGGCAACAUAUUCGCCCACUCAUGAUCUUAACGACGGCCUCUAUACAUCCACACUGGAACUGGAUUGGCAAUUAUCACGUGAGGAUCUGGCAACGGAUAUUGAAUGUCGCGUCGAAUCGGCGGCUAUAAAGAAUGCAAUUGUUACCAAAUUUGCCGUCGAUUUGCAAGUGCGACCCACGAGCAUAGACAUCAACGGAGUGGAACAUCAUACGGUGCAGGGCAACAAAGUGGUGCUAACAUGUAACAUACACGGCGCUCGGCCCGCAGUCAACCUGACCUGGUAUAAUACAACUUCUGUUGUUAGUGGCGAGGAGAACGAUCUCACUGAGAUACGCACCAAGGCUUUUGAAAAGGAGGAUGGCACUUAUCACACCCAGUCUGAAUUGAUGUUCAAUGCGACACGGUUUGAAAAUGAUCGCGUCUUUCGCUGUGAGGCCGAAAAUAUUGUUCUGCAAAUCAAUCGCGAGAAGCCAAUGGCCGCAGCCCUCACAUUGGAAGUAAUGUAUCCGCCUGUCGUCAAGGUCAGUCCACCGGAAAUGGUCACAAAUACCAGCGAAAUUGUGCUGCUCAAUUGUGAAUACGUGGCAAAUCCGGCCUCGCUCACGCAGGUCGUUUGGUAUCGCAACGGCGACAUUGUUAAUGUCAACGAUACGGAUCGCUAUCAGGGCGGCAACUCGGAGAACGUAGCGCUGGUCAUUAAAUCCACUGAUAAAGAGGAUAUUGGAAACUACACCUGCCAGCUAGCCAAUUCCGUUGGCAAAGGCAUUUCCGAGCAGCAAAUCGAUCUCGAUGUCCAGUACGUGCCCCUGGUCGAGGUGCAGAUGAUACCCGAGGGACCCGUCAAGGAGAGCGAUGAGUCGAAUGUAACCCUGUUCUGUAAUAUUUUGGAUGCCAAUCCAUCGGUGCUAACCAAAGUGCGUUGGUAUGCCAAUUCCACAUUGCUCAAGGAGCUGCCCGACUGCGAGGAGACAAGAGAGGAUUUAUGUCACAUUGAUCCCAGCAAGCUGCUGCUCGAGAGCAUUGGUCGCGGCUUCUUCUAUAAUUAUUCCUGUGAGGGCUACAAUGCUGCUGGCUGGGGACCACGCAGCGAGGACAAGGAGCUAAUGGUGCACUAUGAGCCUGGACCAGCCACGCUGACGCACUUUCCACCGAUUGCUAUUAAGAAGAAGAGCGUCAUCUUUUAUUGCUCUGUGGAUGAUCCGGGCUAUCCCGAAUCGAAUAGAUACCGUUGGCUGCGUGGCGGCCGCGGCCCACUGCAGGACAUUGUCACCAAGGAAUGGACCGUGGAGCCCGUCGGCCUCGAUAGCCGCACCAACUACUCCUGCUACGCGUACAAUGAGGGCGGCAAGGGCGUAAUGGCCACAGUCAAUUUGGAGGUACAUGCACCGCCAUUUUUCAUCAAGAAUAUGCAACCCUACACGGGCGUCCUUCACUCCGUCUCCAACUUCAAUCUGACCUGCCGCAUCGAGUGUGUGCCCCGCUGCGAGAUCGCCUGGCUAAAGGAUGGCGCGCCAAUUGACAAGAAUGAUACCCGUUACUUUGUCAAAGAGAAGUAUAUGGACGCAUCCCCGGCCACUGGCGAUUUCGAGAGCAUGCUCUCAGUUCUGCACUUCAAUAUGUCAAAUUUUCCGAAUAAAAAGUUCGACAUCGAAUCGGAUAACGCCAAAUACAUGUGCAUCUCGACGGCAAACGCGGUGGGACCGACAGUAAAUAGCACCACCUACUUGAGCAUCGAAUACGCACCGAAUAACAUUAGCGUCUCGGAGAAUAUUGUCUAUGUGCAGGAGCAUCAUAUACCAGGACGUGUCAUAUGCAAAUCGCAAGCUAAUCCAGAACCUUCAUAUGAGUGGCUAUAUCCCAACCAGACGGUAACCAUGGGCAAUACGCUGAUUAUCAACGAUCCCAUUAAGCGCAACGAUACGGGCAUCUAUAAAUGCAGAGCCCGCAAUAAGCAUGGCGAUCGCAUUGCCGAAACUCUCAUCGAUGUUCAGUUUGCGCCGCGCUGUGAAAUCGAAAGGCGAGAAAUCGAUGAUCAGGAUACACUAAUUUGCACAGCAUACGGAAAUCCUCAAGAGGCCGAUUUUUCAUGGUCAAUUAAAGCUGAGAAUGAAACAGUCGAAACGCUGGGCGCUGGCGACAAGAAGACCUUUGCCGACAGAAGCUUUUACAUACUGCAGGAGGAUUAUGCCAUUGCCAGGACCUAUCGAUGUGUGGCCAACAAUUCCGUUGGACCCGGCGCGUUCUGUGAGAUUGAAGUUGCUGAACAACUGGCCUGGUGGCAGCGCUGGGACAAAACGACGCUCAUUAUACUGGUUGCCGCCAUAUUGGCCUUAUUGCUGGCCGUCAUUAUUAUUUGCUGCAUAAUUAUAUGCAUAUGCCGUCGCCGUCGGCGUCAGGAUAAAUUACACGACAAGUCGUCUUCACUGGGGGAUCCAUUGACGGAACCUGGCGAGUAUGAGAAUCUACCGUUUCAUGGUCUGCAAACGGCACCUAACAAGUUCUCUACUACCCCUACAAAUUUUAAUAACAACACAAAUGUGGUGCGCGUCGCUCCACGACCCAAGAGACUAAAUGGAAAUAUUGGUCAAGCAAUGAACAGCCAGCAGCUGCUGCAUCACCAGACUCUUCAGCAUCCGCCUCCUCAACAGCAGCAAACACAUUACUACGACCAACAAAUGCAGCAGCAGCAGCAGCAUCAGCAGCAGCAGCAACAACAUCAGCAGUACAACACUUUGCAGUACGGGCGUGGCUGCACAGCCCCGCCCCCUCUCACGGCUCCACAUAAUCGCAGUCUGGAUCAGCUCGAAUCCAGCUCCGAUCAAAUACAAUAUAAUCUAAGCAAUUGCUUUCCCAAAAGCUACACCGAAUACUACCAGCAGCAUCAUCAUCAGCAGCAGCAGCAGCAACAAACGCAGCAGCAACAAUCUCAGCAACAGCAACAACAACAACAAUCGCAUAAAUUUCACACCAAUUCCGCGUCCAAUGCGCAACUCUUGAAUGCCAUCGAGCAUGAUUAUCAGCCCACAUAUGCGGUGGUUGAGCGUGUGCCACCGCCACCUCCUGCGCCCAGUUCCGCGCUGCUCAACACAAAUCCCUUUCUAGCCGCCAGCAACUUUAAGAAAUACGAUGCGGCCGGCGACGAGCUGCUGGGCAGCAUGCAGCGCGGCAAACGCGGCAAGGCGGGCAGCCUGCUGGAGCGCAUGGACAUGGACAAGAAAUUCUAUUCACUGAAGUUUCCCAAUGGCGCCAACAAGCUGAAGAAGCCGGCCUACAAUCUGAAUGCCUCGCUGGGAAUGGCCACAACGACAACGGCGCCGAAAUGCAAGCGGCAUCAUUCCUUUGCUGGUGGUAGCCAUGGCGAUAUUGAAUCCAACGGCAAGCCCAUGCGCCUCUAUGAUCCGCCCGUCUAUGAGAAUGUGGCGGACAAGUGUGGCGGCGAUUUGGACAUGGAUAUGGGCGGUGACGGCAGCAGCAGCAGCAUUGGUCACAAUAUGAAUCUGAAUCAUAAUCUGAAUCUAAAUCUGGCCACAGUGCAGCUGCACACGCAGCCAGCUGCUGUCGUCUCGGCGAGCCACAAGAAGAAACAUCACCAUCGCCAGCACCAGCAAAAGGCUGAUGCAUCAGUUGGCGCCGCUGGCGCUGGAGCUGACUUUCAACUGAUGGAGCCUGAACGCCUGAGCAUUUAUCGCAGCGAUUCGGGCAUAUCCAAUAGCUCCUAUGAGUCCCAGCUGCCGGCACUGGGCCAACGCACACCAAAGGCGCACAAGGCGGCAUCCUCGGGCCUCAACCUGACCCGCAAGCCACUCUACAUGAACGUGGAAGGGCAGCAGCAGCAGCAGCAGCAACAGCAGCAGCAAUUGGCACGUGCCGGCUCACCGGCGCACAAUAUUAAUUCGUCCUAUGAAUCCGCCUCGUCGGCGCCCGUCACAGAUCCCACCUCGCUUAGCUCAUCCAAUUCGCUUUACAGCAGCGGCAUCGGCACCGUCAGCUCACGCUGUAAUCGCCACUCGCAGCAACAGCAGCAGCAGCACCAGCAUCAGCAGCAUCAAAGGCAGCCAACGCCGGAAAUCACAACACCUGAGGAUUAUGAGCAGUACCAACUGGGACAUCAGCCAGCACAUUCCGCCUCCAUGCUGUCCGUUGCCAGCAGCGUGAGUGCCGCCAGUCGUGGCAAGUGCAAGCCCUCCAGCACAGCGACAAUGCAACAGCUGCCACUUCGCUUAGGUCCACAUGAGCAAACGCAAUUGUUGGCCACUAAUCCAUUUUUAGCACUUAAACGGCACAGCAACAACAGCAACAACAGCAGCAGCAACAGCAACGACAACAAAGGCAGCAGCAAUGCCUGCAGUAAGAAAUUACGACGACAGACCAUCAGCGACCCCUACGCACAUAUCAAACGGCAUUAUGCCGGCGAUGCCGAUGCCUCUGUUGCCAGAAACAAUAAUAACAACAACAACAACGACGACGACGGGAGCAAAAUCGCUGAAGCCCUUGCAGCCAACAGUAAUAGUGGCCCCAAAGCCGCGACAGCAGCAGCAACAACGUCAGCAGCAGCAGCAGCAGCGGACGAGCAACAAAUUAGCAACAACAACAACAACAUCGGCAACAAUGGGCUUGGGCAUGGGCGGGGGCGUGGCAAUCAUCAACAACAAAUGCUAAUGCCAAAUGAAUUGCUGCUGCAGGCAAGUCACUUAGCUGCCGCCGACUGCAAUCAGAAUUUAAGAUAUGUGCCGCCCAUGCCAAGUGCCACGCCCAUGACACAACCACUGGCUGGCGCCUACGAUUGCCUGGUGGUGCGUCGUCCGAUGCGUCUGCCGUUGCGCAAACAUCACACCUUCCAUUUCCAGACAACACAAACGGCCAACGGCAAAUUGCAGCAGCUGCGCCGCCAACUGCAACAGCAACAGCAGGAGAGGGAGCAACAGCAGCGGGCGCAGGGUCCACUCAUCUAUCGUCCAUUGGAGCUGAGUGAACGGCAUGCCUUUAAGCCAAUUUCACCAACACCUGCAACAGCAACAACGUCUGAUUAUGAAAAAUGCCAAGAGAACGACACACAGCAGCAACAGUCGCAGCAAGAACAGCAGCAACAGCAGCAGCAGCAGCAACAGCAGCCAGCGACGGGUCAACUAAAUCCCGCUGCCUCAUUAGAGGCAUUAGAGGUGUUAACUAAAACGCAUCCGGACUUUAUGUUUACCCGACCAAGCGGCCAACAAAGCGAGCCACUUGCUGCUGCUGUUACAGCAACAGCAACAACAACAGCUGCUGCUGUGGAGGAAGAUGAGGAUUUGGGCUACUCCUUUUGCGAGGAGGAGUACAUGGUGGAUGAUGAUGAUGAUAAUGCUGAUGAUGAUGCGGCAAAUCACAAUCUCACGGCACCGCCCACAACGCCCGCCCACAGCUCACAGAGCAGUGCAGCAAUUGCAAAUGCAACUCCACUAAAUGCCGCAAGUUUCGAUGAUGAAUUCAUUUAUGCCGAUCUCGAGAGUCAGCAUUAUGGGCCCAUCAAUUACAAAGCCGCCUCGCUCUAUGCCCAGGUCAAAAAGAACAAGAAAACGGGAGCUCUGGAGGAGCUGAAGCAAUAAUCUUGGAGACAAACGAAUCUCCAAAAAUAUUUUGCAGUGCAUUUUGGUCUAUUUUUUAUGAUGUUUAUUUAAUUGUUGUUUAAUUUUUUUAAUGUAAUCUCUUUGCUUUUGUACUUAGCGCAAGCGAAAUGCGGACGAUUAAGCUUCUGUAAACUUAAAAUCGAAAAGAGUUUAAAGCAAAUGAAUAACGAAUUUCUUAACUUUAUGAAGGCAAAUACAACAAAAUGAUAUUAAUUGUUAUAACAUGAAAAUUAUUGAAAGAAAAAAAACAUAUAUAAAAACAUAUGUAUAUUAUAAGUCACGCACCAAAUUAACUAGCAAAACAUUUUGACAGUCAAUACACAUACCUAAAUAGGCCCAUUAACAACAGCAAAAAUAAACAAAAACAAACCAAUUACAUAGUUUUUAUCACUAAACAAAUCAAAAAAAAAAACAUAAGCAGGCAUUGUACUUAGCAACAAGCGAAUAUAUAUAUAUAUAUAUCAAAAUAAAAAUUACCAAUUAAAAUCGAAAAGUAAUUAACGGAAACAACAUUAAAACGAAAACAUUUAAUAUGCAAGCAGCCACUAACUUUAGUUAAACAAGAAAGAAUAACUAACUUCGGCGCGCCGAAGAUUGAAUACCCUUGUAGAUAUAUGGCUAACUAUCUAACAGACAUGUCAAGCAAAUUGUGAAGCUUGAAAUUUCAGAUUUUGGUGAAGAUUUCUUCAAAAACAGUUUGCCAUCUAAGAAUUCAAAUAGUCCGUUGUGUGACUCAAAGGUAAGAAGGAAAAGAAAAGACGCACCUGUGAAAAGGUAAGGGACUAGUUUGCAUAGAAUCAGUUGGAUACGUCUACUGAUCAAGAGUAUAUAUAGUUGAUGGAGUUCAAGACGCCUUCUUCAAUGCGUUGCACAUUUCGGGACAAAAUUAUAAUACCCUCUACAAGGGUAUAAAAUAAAAAAAAAAAAAAAGCAUCAACAAACUUUCGAAUAUUUAUCUGUUUUAUUUAUUUCUUCUUUUGUAUAUUUAAAAUUAACCACAAAACUAUCAAACAGUUCCCAAAUGCACACAAUCAUAUAUAAAAAAUAGAUAAUAAAACAGAGAUUAAAAAACAAAAACCAUCAAAACCAACAUAAAGAGUUACGCAGACAAACAAAAAGCAGCUUCAGUCGAGAGAAGAAAGAAAAAACAGGAAAUAAGGAAAAUUAGCAUUAAUAUUAAUUUUCAUGGUUUUCUAUUUGUAUACAACAAACUAAAAAAAAAAAUAAAUACAAAUAAAUAAAAAAAUAGC